GGUCUCCUGAAAUAGCAGCAGAGUGAGAGCUCUGUCCGCUGCGCCUCUCUGUGUCUCCGCCCUGCCCGCUGCGGCUUCCUCAGGUGGUGUUGGAGGGCGGAUUGACGGUGUUCUUCAGGCCUGCACGCUGCGGGACUGAUAAUGGGACAGAAAGCACAGAGCUUGACCCGGAGUUUAAUUCAGAUCUAAUCCCACACUUUGGCUAUGAGCAGCAGCGGGUACCGGACUGUGGAUUAGGAGGCGGUGGCUGUUUCUGACUCUGUAGAGUACUAUAGAGUACUGUCGUGACUCAGUCCAGGUGUGGCUGUCGUACCUCAGGCUGACUGCGGGUUGACUGCGCAUUCUCCAGGAUUGGACACAUUCGGACAAUUUAUUCAACAUGCCGGAGCUGAUUACUGUAACGGAGUUCGUCGAGGAGACGAAUGAGGACUACAAAGCUCCAACCACGUCCAGCUUCACCACUCGGAUGUCCCACUGCAGGAACGCAGUGGCAGCUCUGGAGGAGGCUCUGGACAUUGACAGAUCAGUUCUCUACAAGCUCAAGAAGUCUGUGAAGGCCAUGAAUACAUCCGGUCUGGCUCAUGUGGACAAUGAGGAGCAGUUUGUCCAGGCCAUGGAGAAAUUCGGAGACAACUUUGUCUGCAGGCAGGAUGCCGACGUUGGCUCUGCCUUCCUCAGGUUUGCUGUUUUCACCAAAGAGUUGACGGCACUCUUCAAAAACCUGAUGCAGAACAUGAACAACAUCAUCACGUUCCCUCUGGACAGUCUGUUGAAGGGAGACCUGAAAGGCGUGAAAGGGGAUCUGAAGAAGCCAUUCGACAAAUCCUGGAGGGAUUAUGAAACCAAGCUAGCGAAGAUCGAGAAGGAGAAGAGGGAACACGCCAAGCAGCACGGGAUGAUUCGCACCGAGUUCAGUGGAGGAGAGAUUGCCGAGGAGAUGGAGAAGGAGAGACGACUCUUCCAGCUGCAGAUGUGUGAGUAUCUCCUAAAAGUGAACGAGAUCAAAGUCAAGAAAGGCGUUGAUUUUCUCCAGAACCUCAUCAAAUAUUUCCACGCUCAGCUCAAUUUUUUCCAGGACGGACUGAAGGCUGUGGAGAGUCUGAAACCCUCUGUUGAGAAACUGGCUACAGACCUGACAACGAUUAAACAGACUCAGGAUGGGGAGAGGAAACAGCUGACUCAACUCCGAGACAUCCUGAAAGCUUCACUGCAGUCUGAGAACAAAGAGGAUGCUCAGGCCAAACAGAAUGCAGGUUACAGCCUCCAUCAGCUGCAGGGGAACAAGGCUCACGGCACCGAGCGCUCCGGAGUCCUCUACAAGAAGAGUGAGGGACUGAGAAAAGUGUGGCAGAAGAGAAAGUGCUCUGUGAGGAACGGUUUUCUGACCAUCUGCCAUGGCACGUUUUUACUUGAAGAGUCAAACGGCCAAUCAGGACAGAACAUGCAGCAGAGGAAGAGAAAAAGGAGGAGAAGGAAGAGCAUAAGGAAAAGGAUGACAGAGAGAAGGGGUAACAGACCUCCAGCAAAACUGAACCUGCUCACCUGCCAGGUCAAGAAGAAUCCUGACGAGAAAAGCUUCGACCUGUUCGCACAUGAUCGGACAUAUCACUUCCAAGCUGAGGAUGAAGUCGAGUGUCAGAUCUGGGUGUCGGUGCUGCAGAACAGCAAGGAGGAGGCGUUGAACAAAGCCUUUAAAGGCGACCAGAACGAAGGAGAGAACAACAUCGUGCAGGAGUUGACCAAAGCCAUCGUAGGGGAGGUGAAGAGGAUGAGCGGCAAUGAUGGCUGCUGUGACUGUGGAGCUCCUGCUCCCACCUGGCUGUCCACCAAUCUUGGAGUGCUGAUCUGUAUUGAGUGCUCAGGGAUCCACCGGGAGAUGGGAGUCCACUACUCCAGGAUCCAGAGUCUGGACCUGGAUGUCCUGGGAACCUCCGAGCUGCUGUUGGCAAAGAACGUGGGAAAUGCCAGCUUCAAUGAGAUAAUGGAGGCCGAGCUGUCAGCACAGGACAUUACAAAACCUGAUCCAACCAGUGACAUGCACACGAGGAAAGACUUCAUCACAGCAAAGUACACAGAGAAGCGUUUUGCUCAGCGGCUUUGUGCAGAUGCUGCAUCCAGACUGCAUGUUCUGUAUGAGGCCGUGAGGAACAGAGACAUCCUGUCUCUGAUCCAGGUCUACGCUGAGGGGGUGGACCUGAUGGAGGCCAGCCCACAACCCAAUGAACACGAACCUGGAGAGACGGUGCUGCACCUGGCAGUCCGUAUGGGUGACAGAAACUCCCUCCACAUCGUCGACUUCCUUGCCCAAAACAGUGUUAACCUGGACAAGCAAACCGCCAGAGGAAGCACAGCACUGCAUUACUGCUGUCUGACGGACAACAGCGAGUGUCUCAAACUGCUGCUGAGAGGAAAAGCUUCAGUGUCCAUCACAAACGAAGCUGGAGAGACACCUCUGGACAUUGCCAAACGUCUCCGGCACUCUCAGUGUGAAGAACUGUUGAAUCAGGCUCAAACUGGAAAGUUUAAUGUCCACGUUCAUGUGGAGUAUGAGUGGCGUCUCCGGAACGAGGACCUGGAUGAGAGUGAGGAUGAGAUGGAGGACAAGCCCAUACCUAACCGCCGUGAGGACCGUCCCAUCAGCUGCUUUGUGCCGGGCAGCGGCCCCAACCUGGCAGCGUUGGCCCGGGAUGCCGCCUGCCUGGUGAGGGACAAACAGAGGCCUCAGGUCCCCAGUAUGAUGAUCAGCAAUGAGACCUACGGCACCAUGCUGGACCUCAACCUGCCACCACCGGGACCAACACCGCCACUGCCCCCCAGAGUACCCAGCAGAGCAGGGUUAGGACAGAGUAAGCCUAUUGCCAUGGAAACGGUAGGAAGACAGCGGUCAUCAUCUGACCCACCCAAUCCUCACACCCCCGACAGGAACUCCUCCAUGUAUGUGCUCCCACCAGCUCCUCCUCCUCCUCCAGCGAACAAGCGGUCCAGCAUGUUGGACACCAAGGCCCUGUCGGCCCGGAACACCCCCCUCCCUCCUCUACCUUCCACACCUGCGGCAGGACUCCUAUCAGUCAUCCCAAUACCUCCAGUCCCACCACCGCCCACCAUCCCACCACCACUACACUUCAAAGCACCGUCCCUCCCUCCACCAGUCCCCAGUCACCAAACCAGCAGACCACCAUUACUCCCAGGACCACCAGGACCUCCAGGACCCCCAGGACCCAAGUCUCCCAAAUCUCCCAAAUCUCCCACCGGAUCCGAGGAACAACCUCCACAGGGACCUCCUGUCAGGAGUGCAUCUGUGAGCAGACGAGGGUCAAAGUCCAAAUCUCCACAAAGUCCAUCUCCUCCAACACCCAAACCCAGAAACACCUUCUCUAAGCAGAAGCCUCAGAGAGUGAAGGCCAUCUAUGACUGUUCAGCUGAUAAUCCAGAUGAGCUCACAUUCUCUGAGGGGGAGGUGAUCGUGGUUGAGGGGGAGGAGGACAGUGAUUGGUGGCUUGGUCACAUCGAAGGAGAGCCGAGCAGACGAGGGAUGUUUCCUGUCACCUUUGUUCACUUCAUUACAGACUGACGUCAGGUUUGAGCGGAGUUAAUUCACGCGUGUCUGUUCCUCACCUGUCCACCAACACGAAAGAAUCUAAGUGGAGACAUUAAAGACAAAGACUGAAAGUGAUCGUCCAGGAAUCUGCAACAUCAACUGAAACAAAUACCAAAGCAUCUUUUAGUUCCACUAAUGGCUUCAUUCAGUUUGCUGUAUAUUUAAAAUGUAUGAGCUGUACCUUUUACCCAUGCCUCAUUCAGACUCACAGAACAUGAAUUCAGGUGUCAAACUGAAUUUAAGGGGAAUUUGACUAAAAUUAAUUAAAAAAAAUAAUCCAGAAGAAUCUUAAAUUUAAAUAUUUAGUUGAAACAUUACAGACAUUACAACAUCAUAUAAACGUUCCCUCUGUACAGCUGAGGUCUGUUGCUGUCGUGUUUUCACUGUGUCUUUCCUGCUUCAACAUCUCAACAACCUCGUGCACUAAAUAUUUUUCCCAGUUUGAUAUGGAAGAACUUGACUGGUCUGAGCUCAGCCCCAUCAAACAGCUCCAGGAUGAACUGGAUGAAUCCCAUCUGUGAGCCACAGCUGAUCAGCGCAGGACGUCACCGACGCUGUGGAGCCUGAACGUGUGCGGCAGCUUCAACAACGUUAUUGAGCACAGAGUCACAUACUGUUACAUACAUACUUUUGUCCAUAUUGUGUAUAUAAUAUUAGAUGAUGGGAGAAGCUCUCAGUGUUGCUGGUAUGAAACAAGUGACUCCAGUCCAAAGAGGCAACGACUUUGAUCUGCAUGUUCCGUUUCUGUAAUUUGUAACGUGCUAAAAAAAAUUUUUCUUAACAUUUUUGGCUGGAGGGAAACUCACAGUACAUGAGAGAAAGCUUAAAUCUGAGCGUCCACUGAUUUUAAUGUUAAACUCUGUUAUUUUGUCAUAAUGCUCACCAGAAAUUACUCAUUUACCACACAGGAAAUGUGUGUUAGGCUUUUUUAAUGAAGCAUCUGAUUCGAUGAUGAUUUCCUUCUUUUUCCAUCUCUGCUGUCUUAAUUCUUCCCUUCACUUUUUAUUCAUUCCUUCCCCUUUCUCCUCCAGAGCUCGUCUUCAAAGGUCAGUUUGACCAAUGAUCCAAAUCAUUAAAGAAGCUUUGCCUCAUUCAUGA